AUGCGCUUGCCUAUCGUCAUCUUGGCCUUAGGCGCCGCCUCAGCUGCCGCCGCCCGCCAGUUCUCCUACGGGCCGGCAGACGGGUCCAUCACCCCCCGGAACGUCAGACCCCGUCCCGACUCCUUCUGGGAGCACGUCGUCAAGGGUUCAGACGUGGCCGAGAAGAUCAGGGCCGGCUCAGGGUCGUCCGUCUUGUCGGCCGACGAUCAGGAGGUCCAUCCCCUAUCCAACUUCAACAUGCGUGCCAAGCCCGUCGACCCUUCCGAGCUCGGCGUCGACACCGUCAAGCAGUACAGCGGAUACCUCGACAAUGACGAGCAGGACAAGCACCUGUUCUACUGGUUCUUCGAGUCUCGCAACGACCCCGAGACCGACCCGGUUGUCCUCUGGCUCAACGGCGGCCCGGGCUGCUCCUCUCUGGAGCUGGGCCCGGCCAGGAUCAGCGAGGACGGGGAGGUGGUGGCCAACCCUUUUUCGUGGAACAGCAACGCGUCCGUCAUCUUCGUGGACCAGCCGGUCAACGUGGGCUUCUCGUACUCCAAGAGCAACGACACGGGGUCGUCGCUGGCGGCGGCCUACGACCUGUACGCCCUGCUCGAGCUCUUCUUCCACGAGUUCCCGCAGUACGCUGAGCAGGACUUCCACAUCGCCGGAGAGUCGUACGCGGGCCACUACGUGCCCGAGACGGGCUACACCGUCAUCUCGCAGCCGGGGACGAGCAUCAACCUCAGGAGCAUCCUGGUCGGCAACGGCCUGACGGACCCGUACAUCCAGUACGCCUACUACGAGCCCAUGGCGUGCGGCGAGGGCGGCUACGACGCCGUCCUGGACGCGAGAACCUGCUCGUCCAUGAGGUCGGCCCUCCCGUCGUGCCAGGCCAGGAUCAAGAAGUGCUACGACGACACCGACGACACCCAGGCCUGCAUCGCCGCGAACAGCUACUGCAACAACGCCUUCUUCAGCCCCUACCAGUCGUCCGGCAACGACGUUUACGACGUCCGCAACGAGCCCGACGCCACCUCGGGCGCCACAGAGUGGCUCAACACCGACCGCGUCAAGGACGCCCUGGGCGUCGAGGUGGACUCCUACGAGCAGUGCGACGACACCGUCUACAGCCUCUUCUCCAGCUCGGGCGACUGGAUGAAGCCGAUCCAGCGCCACGUCCCGGACAUCCUGGCCAAGAUCCCCGUCCUCAUCUACGCCGGCGACGCCGACUUCAUCUGCAACUGGCUCGGCAACCGAGCCUGGACGAAGGCCCUCGACUGGCCCGGCAAGGAGGCCUACAACGCCGCCCCCGUAGAGCCCCUCUCCAUCGGCGGCGACAGAUACGGCAACCUGACCACGGCCGACAACUUCGCCUUUGCCCAGAUCUUCCAGGCCGGUCACAUGGUCCCUGCUGAUCAGCCCGAGGGCUCGCUCGACCUCCUAAACAGGUGGAUUAGCGGCGAGUGGUGGGAGAGAUAG